AUGGCAGACGCGGAUUAUCAAUCAAAUCUUCGCCUUUUACGGAACUUCCUGGACGAGUUUCGAUCGGUGCUGGCCGAGAAGACGUCGUGCCACAUCCCACGCCUGGCACUCAACUACUAUCGUUCUUCUCUGAGUCUGCUCUGUCAGUAUCCCAACAAGAAGCUGGCGACCAAGGCCUGGAUUCGUCGCAUCAACUGGUUCAUCUUGUCCAAUGUAGCUCUGAUCUUCUUGACGAUGGUUUUUGCCUUUCCAGAGUCCAAAAAUGUCAUCGACAUGGGCGACGACAUGGUGUGGCUAGUGGGGAUGGGAUUGGUCGGGACCAAGGUAUUCUACGUACAUCUCCGUUGCAACGAUAUCGAUGAAAUUAUUUGGGAUCUGGACUACUACAACCGAGAGGUCAGACCUCACAACAGCGAUGAUGAGGUUCUGGAAUGGCAAAGGCUCUGCUACCUGGCCGAAUCAGGAUUCUUCAUCAAUUGCUUUUUCCUGGUGAAUUUUUUGAGUGCAGUCAUUUGCUUACAACCUUUGGUUGGCCAAGAGGAGAAGCUGCCAUUCCACUCGAUUUGGCCCUUCCACUGGCAUCGCGCCGAUUUGCAUCCCAAGACGUAUUGGUUCCUCUAUGUCUGGUUGAGUGUAACCUCGCAUCACAAUCUGAUGAGUAUUCUAAUGGUGGACAUGGUGGGCAUCUGCACCUUCAUCCAAACGGCUCUGAACCUCAAGGUCCUAUGCAUUGAGAUCAAAAGACUUGGCGAGAUGAGGGCUGUGAACGAUGCCAAGUUCCGUGAAGAGUUUUAUCGGGUAAUUCGCUAUCAUCAGCACAUUAUAAAGCUGGUGGACAAAGUCAAUACGACCUUCAAUGGCUCGUUCAAUGCCCAAUUGAUGGCCAGCUUUGCCAUGGUAUCCAUAUCCACUUUUGAGACAAUGGUGGCAGCAUCGGUGGAUCCCAAAAUGGCUCUAAAGUUUGCAUUUCUCAUGGUGGUGGCCUUUGUUCAACUGUCCACUUGGUGCGUGGCUGGAACUUUGGUGUAUUCUCAGUCUCUGGAAGUGGCUCAGGCCGCCUUUGAGAUGAACGACUGGCACACCAAGACUCCCGAGAUUCAAAAGGACUUGGGUUUCGUGAUAAUGCGCUCCCAAAAGCCCCUCAUCUAUAUGGCCAAGCCCUUUCUGCCCUUUACCCUGGGCACUUAUAUGCUGGUUCUGAAGAACUGCUAUCGUUUGCUGGCCCUGUUGCGGGAAUCAAUGUAA